CGUUUGGACAUCAACAGGAGCGCGUCUUUAGUCGAUGUGCUCAGUGUUGUCACGAGGAUGGAGCGCUGUUGUAGUUUUGGAGAUGCCCCAGACUCUGCCCCAUCCUCCCCCCCAAAUGCCUGUCUCUCCUCCCCCUUCGGCUCUCCUCGCUCGGCCCUGAGCUCUGGGUCUUCCCCUGGACCUUCCGACUCAGGACCUGCCGGACCAGGACUCGGACCAGGACUCGGACCAGGACUCGGACCAGGACUCGGACCAGGACUUGGAAGAGCCAUGGUGGACCUGAGUCGGUGGCCUUUGUUCUCGCUGCUGACUUCGGAGGAGCUGGGGAUCAUAAGACAAGCAUGUGUGUUUGGGACAACAGCCAAUGAAGCGAUUUACUUCACUCACAGCAAUGAGGUGUUUGUGCUUGGGUUGAACUGCAGUGGGUGUCUGGGGACCGGGGACUCUCUGAGCUACAUUGUCCCAAAGAAAGUGGACUUCCUCCGGGGCAAGAGAGUAGUCGGUGUGAGCUACGGCAGCGGGCCCCACGUGCUACUGGCAACUGAAGAUGGUCAGUUGUAUGCAUGGGGUCAUAAUGGCUACAGCCAGCUGGGAAAUGGAAACACAAACCAGGGCCUGAGUCCAGUUUUAGUCACAGCGAAUCUGACAAACAAACAAAUCCUCCAGGUCAGCUGUGGAUCCCACCACUCUAUGGCUCUCACGCAUGAUGGAGAGGUGUUUGCAUGGGGCUAUAAUAACUGUGGUCAGAUCGGUUCUGGCUCCACAGCAAAUCAGCCGUAUCCUCGCAGAGUCACUGGAGCUCUACAGGGACGCACCGCUGUGGCCAUCAGCUGUGGACAAACCUCUUCCAUGAGCGUGUGUGACAACGGAGAGGUGUUUGGUUGGGGAUACAAUGGUAACGGUCAGCUCGGAAUUGGGAACAAUGGGAACCAAAUGAGUCCAUGUCGAGUGUCAGCACUGCAGGGAGUCUGUAUACAACAGCUGGUGUCGGGGUAUGGACACUGCCUGGCUCUGUCUGACGAGGGUGCCUGUUUCUCCUGGGGAUCAAACACCUAUGGCCAGCUUGGGACAGGGAACAAGAGCAACCAGCUGAGUCCAGUGAGAAUUAUGACCGACAAAGAACGAGUGGUGGAGAUUGCUGCCUGUCACUCAACCCACACUUCAGCCGCCAAGACUCAGAGUGGACAGGUGUACAUGUGGGGUCAGUGCAGAGGCCAGUCCCUGCUUCUUCCUGCUCUCACUCAGUUCCUGUCCACGGACGAUGUGUUUGCUGGAUUUGCAUCACCAUCAGUGAUGUGGCGGCUGGUUUCUGUGGAGGACGAUGACUUCCUGACGGUGGCGGAGGCUUUGAGAAAAGAGUUUGACAGCCCAGAGACGUCAGACCUGAAGUUUAGUGUGGAAGGGAAAUACAUCCACGUGCACAAGGCUCUGCUUAAGAUCAGAUGUGAGCACUUUAGGUCCAUGUUCCGCUCGCAGUGGACAGAAGACCAACAGGAAGUCAUUGAGAUCGGACAGUUCUCAUUUCCUGUUUACAGAUCCUUUCUUCAGUUUCUUUACACAGACACUGUGGACCUACCUCCGGAGCACGCUAUAGGGCUGCUGGACUUGGCCACGUCAUACUGUGAGAAUCGUCUGAAACGUUUGUGUCAACAGAUCAUCAAGAGAGGCAUCACUGUAGAUAACGCCUUCACACUGCUCUCUGCCGCAAUCAAGUAUGAUGCAGAGGAUUUGGAAGAAUUUUGUUUUCGAUUCUGCGUAAACCACUUGACGCAGGUGACUCAGACUCAGGCGUUUUGGCAAAGCGACGGUUCAAUGUUGAAGGAGUUUAUCAGCAGAGCCAGUCGAUGUGGAGCAUUCAAGAACUGAGUAAAAACUCAGACUUACAACCAAAUAUUUCAACAAACCUUGGCACUUUCCUUUCUUUCUUUGGACAAAACAAGCUGCCAUUUUGUUUUUGCAAGUUUCUUUUACUUGAAUUACUGAGCCAGUUUGAAGGCACAUUGGUGUGUCUUCAUUUGCUAUUUUAAAGGAGCUUUACCUUAUUUUUAAUGUCUUAAACACGUUAGUUACUAGAUAAUUUUAAACUGUUUGCAGGGGUCCAAUUAUUCCUCACUUACCUUAAGCAUUCAGAGUAUCCUAAUUAUUGACCACAAUGAGUUUCUAAGCACUUUUCUCUCUCAGAGACCGGAGCUGAGUGACAGUAAUGCAAACAACUGGCAUGCUAACAUGCACUUCCUAAUUAUUGGGCAAUAAAAAGCUUUAUAAUUAGGUCCACGGUGUAUUGUCUGCACCUAUUUUGACCUCAAGAGCUGCUUAUACAAUGUAUCUACUUGGGCAAGGACACAUUUUUGCUCAAAUACUUGGGGGAAAAAAAUCAGGGAGAGGGGUUUUAAAUUAUUGACCAAAACAUAUACAAGUUGUUGUUAAAGAUGCACCAUGUUCCUUUUCUGGUGUCUCCAUGGAGACUUUACUUGACAGAACAAACUAUAGUGCCCAUAGUCAAAAAUGAACUCGGGCUAUACAUUGCCAGAACAAAAUGUCACUGUUUCUCAUUGUAUUGUCAUUAACAUAAGAAGUAAGUACGCUGUCACGAUACUCACAUUUCAAACUCUACUUCGAUACUAAAAAUAGACUUGCUACUCAAUACCGAUUCUGAUACCACGAUGUUAAUAAAAAAUGCUCUUUGUUUAGACAGUAGAAUGUGAUUUUCAACAUUAAAUGGUAGUACUUUCUUUUAUAUUUCUAUGUGGCCUUAUAUCUGUUAAUCCCUCAGUCGUAGGUUCCAUAGUGGUCCAUGGGUGUAUACUAGUCUAGGUGUCUUAUACUAUACUAUACUCCUCAAGAUCAUUCUAAAGCUAUUCAGGAAAGGUUCAUUUCUGUCCUGUGAAUGGAACUUUUUAAAUAUGAAUACCUACUCUAUUGAGUAUCAAGGAGUUUCAAAACUAGUUUUCGUAUUGAUUAGUGUCCGAUUUGUGAUAUCUUGUGAUAACUAGUAACGACACUGUUCAAAAACACUCCUUAAAUAUCAGAUAAAGACAAUAAGUUACAUUUAAACUCCACUAAUUGUAUGAAAAAGAAUUGUUAAUACAGAAAACAUGUGCCACCAUAGUCUAAACAAAAUCUAUGGAAAACACAGUAUUAAGCUUAUCCAGAUUGUAUUAAUUUUUUUACUGCGCAAAAAACAUGUAUUCUUACUGCAAGCAUGCUCGUCUCUUCACAGAUUUGACCUGUAAUUUAGUAACCUAGGUUAAAAUCUCCAUGGAGACAAGCAGGUGGCACUACCAGGCCAGGUUACAUGUCAGUUCUGAGGAGAGGCAAGUCCACUUAUAGUAAGAAUGCCUUUUAUGCUAUUUUUGAGCAAUAAAAACACCUGUAACUGAAUAUAUACAAGAUGGAUAAAUUAAAUGCUAUACUGUGGAAUUUUCCAGGCAAAGCAAUAAUAUCUUCAUGGAGACAAGCAGGUGGCAUAAUCUCCACCAGAAAAGCUACAUAGUGCACCUUUACCUAAUUAAAUUAUUAAUGAUGUAGAGUAUUUUCCAUUAUUUUUUAUCAUUCAAAACAUGUCAAAGAGAG